AGCGUAAAAGGGUGAAAACAGAAAUUUUUGGCAAUAAAAAAUAAUUAACAGCAAUAAUGGAUGAAAGUGAUAAAACAAAUAAUAGAACUCAUCAUACAAGAUUUUUUGAGAAGCUUUAUGGGAAUCUUGAAAGUUCUGAUGAUAGAAAAACAAUUGUUAGUGAUAGGAAUUGUGUUUAUUCAUCACAUGAAACAAAUGAAGUGAAUCGUCGGGAGGUUUUGAAUUCACCAUCAAACUCAAGUUCUGGAAGCUCUUCAGAUUUUUAUUCGAAAGAAAGUGUUUCAAGAAAUUCCAUCUUUCCACCGAGCCAGGAUAUUCCUUUUAAUAAUUUUCCACCAACUUUACUGCCAUCUCAUUUUGGAGCUUUGAGAUUACCUCUUGGAUUCGCUAAUGAUCCUCACAGUCAUUUUGCGGCUUUUCUUGCACGAAGGCGACGAAAGGAAGGUAGACAAAGACGACAGAGAACAACAUUCAGUAGCGAUCAAACAUUGAGGCUUGAAGUGGAAUUUAAUAAAAACGAGUACAUCUCAAGAGGUCGUCGAUUUGAACUUGCAGAACAUUUAAAUUUGUCAGAAACACAAAUUAAAAUUUGGUUUCAAAAUCGAAGGGCAAAAGAUAAGAGAAUUGAAAAGGCGCAAAUUGAUCAACAAUACAGAAAUUUCGCGGCCGCAUCUGGUCUCAUUCCAAUGCCAUUCGCUUAUUCUCGGCCUCAGUAUUUGCCACCUACACUAGCUACAAAUACCAACAACACUUCUGCCUAUCCAUCUAGUUUUGGUGACCAACAAUUUAACUCAGCAAAACUUGAAUCGAUUUCGUAGUUUUAUUUAUUAUUUUCAAAUGAAAAGGUAUGAGAAUUAGACAAUAAAAAUUAUGAAUUUGUUUAGGAGAAAGAAAAUAAAUGGAAAUGAAAACCGACAAACGGUAAUUUGAAAGAAUAUUAAUUGCA